CAUCACAUUUACUACUCAUUUCCUUGGAUUUUUCUUAUCAUGAAAGAGAUAUGACAUAGGGUAAUAAUAGGAGGACAAAAGUACAGAAGUUAUUGAUUACAACCAUUUAAUUGGAUUUUUAUGCCCACCUUAUCCUCAUCGCCAUCAAUAUCAAUACCACCUAAAAUCAAGCAGUAGUACAUGGUUAUUCAAUCCAGUUCUAACUUGAGCUACAUUUUUAUUGAAAUUUUCACAAGAGAAAUUGAGUAUUAGAGCGACACCGUAGUACUAAAUAGAACUCAAGAGUGUCUCCGAUGAUUCAUAACCGUUACUUAUUGGCCUUGACAGGCGUGGUAUUAGUUGCAUUGCUACUUCAAACUUUUCUCAUUUCCAACUCUCCGAUUGAUUAUCCGCAAGUCCUCGAAUUACCUCCAUCCAGUUUGUCUCAUGCUGAUGUGCCAUGGAACAACCACUUGCAGAGAUUGACGAAACUAGGCGAAGGAUGCUUGAAACAACCUGAAGAUAUUGCUGUGGAUAAAGAAGGUGUGGUAUACACAGCUACAAGGGAUGGCUGGAUUAAAAAGAUUCAUACAAAUGGAACUUGCGAGGAUUGGAAAUUCGUAGGCGGUGAUACGUUACUAGGAAUCACUAUGUCAAUCACCAACGAAGGAGAUAUUUUUGUGUGCGAUGCAGAUAAGGGUUUGUUGAAAGUUAAUGAAGAAGGUGUAACAGUUUUAGCGUCAGAAGUUAAUGGUUCCAAAAUAAGUUUUGCAGAUGAUGUAAUUGAAGCAACAGACGGUAGUAUAUACUUCAGUGACGCUAGCACGAAAUUUGGACUCCACAAUUGGUAUCUUGACACACUCGAAGCGAAGCCCAACGGUCGGAUUCUCAAGUACAAUCCUUCUACUAGAAAAACGACGAUACUUAUCGACGGUCUGUGCUUCCCCAAUGGUGUUGCUCUCUCCAGGGAUCAACAUUUUCUUGUGUUUUGCGAAUCAUGGAGAUUCCGAUGUCUUAAAUACUGGCUGAAGGGAGAGGACAAAGGGAAGCUUGAAGUUUUCAUAGACAACCUUCCUGGUGGACCUGACAAUAUCAAUCUUGCACCGGAUGGUUCUUUCUGGAUCGCAUUACUUCCGUUGGCACCCAAGGGGCUUGAGUUUAUACACAAAUGGCCGAUUCUUAAAUACAUCGUUGCACAAUUUCCAACGAUUCCCGAUUCAUUAAGAGUCGGUAAAAGAUCAAUGGUAGUUAAUGUGGCAGCUGAUGGCAAGAAAAUCAUCAGAAAGUUUGAUGAUGAAGGUGCGAAAGUGAUAUCAUUUCUUACCUCUCCUGUGGAAUUUGAAGAUCAUCUCUACUUGGGAAGUCUCGGUACCAACUUCGUCGGCAAGCUCUGGCUAAAUGAUCAAUUGGAAUGAUAUACUCAAGGUUAUUGCAAAAAUGCGGCAAACAGAUCAAUGUAUCGAAUAAUGUCGUUAUUGUCGGGUAAAAUUGUAGCAUAUUUCAAGUAAAUCUAACCAAAUGAUAGUGAUCGCAAAAAUAAUGUAUCUGAAUAUGCAUCAUGCUGCAAAAACCAUGUUAGUUGGACCUAGCUAGGUAGCUUUGAUGAGCCAACAUUAUUCGAAGAAGAUGGUCGUAAAUUAUUUUGAAAAAA